AAAAACUUUUUGUUACAAAAUUAAAAAUCUACACACUAAGACACGAGCGUCAUAUUAGAAUGAAUCGAUUACAAUAAAAUGUAUCUUGCAGACAUACACAAACACAAGCAAGAACCACUCGUGGUGCUCGAACGUCUUCGAGACGACGAGAUACCGUCGCCCGUCUUGCCGAACGGACGGUGCGUCCGACCAAGGAUCCGGGUGCCCUUGAGACGCCGGAAGGUCAAGGGCAACAAGGGCAACAUGUGCCUGAGGUCAGGCAAGCGCAAGUCCACUGAUGCCGGCAAGGGGCCCACUAAGAAACGAAAGAAGCUGUCCUCGGAGUCCACGGACGACAUACCGCUCGUCUACUAUUUCAACAACCGGCCUGCCAAGCCGCAUAAUAGACAGCACAGACAGAAGGACAUCACAGUUACAGACAAAAAACAAAAAGCGCCAGUCAGAGAGAAACGUACGCCAGCACCAAAGAAAACGGUCACCAAAGAGCGAAGCGACUCCACGGUUGACAAACCACCUUCAAGGGCAGAGUCCAAAGCUCGGCAGCUAAAAAAAGGGCUACCGAAGGACGCACGCUGGUCCACGCUCCGCUCGGCGCGAGCGCCCUCUGAGACCCGAAGCAUAGUGCGACGUCUGCGUAACAAAGUGCUACUAGGUAAGCCCAUUUAUUUAUUUAUUCGUAUGGCAAAAAUACAAUCGUUCAUUCAUAUGAAAUAUAGGUAGAUAUAUUUAUUACGCCCAAUUGCUGGAUCCAUUGGGUGACAUUGUUGUCUAAGGUGAACAAGUCCACUGCUGGGUUGCCCUGGUAUUUGGUGAGUGGGCAUUCGCGCAUAAUAUGGUCAGCUCCACAAUCGCAUGCUGGCGACUCUCUCCAGCCACAUCUGUGUAGGAACUCUCGACAUCCACCCCAACCGGUUCGUAAUCGAUUUAACUGGCACCAACUUCGUCUGGGUAGUGAGAAACCUGUUGGUUUUUCUGUAGGGUUGAUGUUUGUCCCUAGGUUGGUAGGCAAGUUCUCAUUCCAUUCUUGAGUCCAUCUCUCAUUAAUGCUGAAGGGGGUGUUUAAAAGUAUUGAGGCAGUUUUAUGUGGCGGUAAGCCCAUUCCAGCUCUGGAACGCUCUACCUCUGGAGGCAGAGCCAGUCACUGGCGUUGCUAAAAGGCAAAUUAAAAACUUUCGACUUGAAAGGAUUCAGCAAAUUUUUUGUAAGGAAAAUCUGGCGGAAGAUUCUGGGACCUAUCAGAGAUGAAGAUGGAACUUGGAGGCAUAGGAAGAAUAGGGAGCUAGAGGAGCUGGUUGCGAUGCCCAAUAUAAUUGGCGAGAUCAAAGCCACACUCCGCUGGCUCGGUCACCUAGAGAGGAUGGGAGAGGAUCGUGCCGUGAGAAGAGCGUAUGUGGGGCACCCGGGUGGAAAACGUCCGUCUGGGCGUCCCAGAUACCGCUGGAGUGACGAAGUCCUAAAAGACCUGUUCGCCCUCGGAAUACCCAACUGGCGUGAAGUGGCGCAGGAUAGGGCAGAGUGGCGCUCUCUUGUGUCAGAGGCCAAGAUCCUGUUUGGGUCACUGAGCCAGUGAAGAAGAAGAAGUCCCUUGAUUAUAGAACCGGCCGCUAUAACUGAUUAUUUUUCGUCAGCAGCUAGACAUAGUCUCCCUCCGUUGGAGAAAAUCUUCUUUUCUCCAACAACUUUUCUCCUGCAUAUCUAGAUGUUUUAUUUUUAUUUAAAAUGAUUAGAAAUCACAUAAGAUUCUAACCUUUUGUUAGAUAGCGUUUCCUUCAAAAUUUCUCGGUCCCACUCACCUAAACCUACACUAUUUCCUCCUGUGGCACACAGUAUGCUAAAAACUCUUUCUUUAGGCGCACUUGUAAUUUGUAUAAUGAAUCUCUUAACGAUAUAGAUAUUUUUGCUCAUAGUUUGUCCGUGUUCAAGAACAAAGUUCGGCAAUUUUUGUCGUUGAUGGUAAGUAUCGCAGGUGGGGACCAACAGAGGGUUACUACUUACUUACUCCGUUGGCUCAGCGACCCAAAAUGAGACUUGGCCUCCGACACAAGACAGGGCCACUUUUCUCGGUCCUGUGCGACCUCUCGCCAAUUGUCGACUCGAAGCUCGCGCAGAUCCGCCUCCACCAUGUCGCUCCAGCGAUACCUAGGGCGUCCGAUAGGACGUCCUCCUGCUAGGCGACCCAGGUACGCUCUUUUCACGUUCCGAUCUUCGUCUAUUCUCUCAAGGCGGCCCAACCAACGGAGUCUGUGGGCUUUACUUUCUCCCAUGAUAUUAGGUUCAGCCACUUGGUCUUCAAUCUAACGGUUCUUAAGGACUGUCCAACUUCCAUCCGUUCCUCGUUUGGGGCCCAGUAUUUUACGGAGGAUUUUCCUCUCGGCAACUAGCAGCAUGUUUUCUUCCUUGAGUGUUAGUGUCCAUGCUUCAUAGGGCAUAAAGAUUAGGAUCCAGAAUACAUUGCGAUGCAGUGCAGCCCUUCACAAGGUGUUAGUGUCCAAGCUUGUAAGCAGACGCAUCAAGAUCCGAAUCUAUGAGACCGGCUAAAACUCAUUUUUUCCUAAAAAAAUCGACAUUCGAAGUUUUAUAAUAUCUUAUCUCUAAAGUUACACAUAAAGACAGGUAUUUUUUUAGGAAAACUUGAGUUGUAAGCAGAUAUAACAAAACACGUGCUCAUUAUUUUUUGCUGCUUUCAAACAUAUACUCAAACCAGCCAUUAACUAGCAAGUUGCUUGAGCAUCACUUUCUAUAGGAGUUAGAAGAUUUAGUAACUUUUUAGUACUUUGAAGGCCAUUUUCUCCUAACAGGUUGAGUUUGGGCAGCUAAAAAAAAUACGUGUCCGUUAUUUCAGACUACUCUAUAACAUAUAUCAAAAUGAAUCAAAUCGGAACCGGACAGUUGGGUACCCUUCCUUGUUAGGUAGGUAUUUUCGUUGGUGGCGGUCAAGUUGGUCCCCGCCUGCGAUACUUACCAUCAGCAACAAUAUUCUUGUGGGCCUUGUUUUCAUCUUUUUAGUGCAGUCGGGUUUUUUGUUUUUCUAUAAUAAUAUUUUAUUUUAUGAUAAGCAGUUAUAAUUUUGUUUUAAAUGAAUUUCUUGUACAAUUUCCAUGCUGAUAUUUAAAUCCUCAAUCCAUAAAUAGCGAUACUUUUACCUGAAUUAUUAAUUUAAAGUAUUCAAGAAAUAAUAUAGAACGUUAAAUAGGUGCAUAUCGUCGCCGUAGAGCGAAAAGUCACCAAAUCGUUCAUUGGUCAUUUUGAGUUAUGAGGGUUUAAAAAAAUAAUAAUUAAAUUUUUUUUUACUGAAAUUAUCUUAAGAUAAAAUUGUGGUUUUAUAUGUGUUUAUUCAUUAUAAUAUAACUAAAAUGACUUAGGUACGCUCAUAAAUAAGUUACAAGAAGUUGAAAAAUGUAUAACGGAAUUAGGUAUUUUUCGACUAAAAUAUUGAAUCCGAAGUGAGUUUUUAGUUACUUCUUUAACUUUGUAAAAUUGAAACUAUGAUCGCUAUUGCUACCGCAAUAAGACUGAAAUUUGGAGAAAAAAAAAUGCGAUUUUGAUGACAUAUAUAAGUCAAUUUUGGCCAUUUUGUGAUUUGGUGACUUUUCGCUCUACGGCGACGAUAUAUACUUUACUCACUGAGUUCGAGCGCCCAACUAGACUGUAAUGAUCAUCCCCUUUCAUCCGUUGGUAAACAAUGCACUAUACAUUCAUUCCAAUAAGGUUUCCGAUGCGAUAUAUACUUAUAUAUAAUACGCAUGGCGUACAAAGGAUCAAACGAAAACACUUUAGUGUUAGAUUGUGUUUAUAAAAGCAUUUUGAUUGCACGAUAGUGCACACGUUCGUGUUUACAUAGCCCGGAAUAUCAAACAGGGGACCGUGAGGGAACUUAAUUAAUUCAAGCCUAUAGUGGCACUUUGAAUGGCGGACACGUACGGAAAUCAUUUUUCUGAAACCUGUAAUGAAAUGUUGACAUGACUUACUUCAAAUUAGGUCCGGAAAUACUACAUAUCAGGUGCGAUGAAUGAUGAUAUGUAAAGGAAUUUCAUACAGCCUUACACACCUAGGCCUGUAAGGCAACCUUCUUUUGUUUUUAAACGUCAAAUUAUGGCACGUCUUGGCAUUCAACCGUAAAAAACCUAUAAGCAAAAUUCUGCCAGUAUGCUUUUUUUUGUGUUUUUUUUUCUUUUUUGUGUUUGUUAAAUAUUACUUCGGGGAUUCAAAGGGAAACAAAAAUUUCAUAUUUUUUGCGCUUUGACGCACGGUUUAGGAGAUACAGCCCCAAAAAGUUUUAUUUUUUUCAGUCAUUCAGAAAUCUUUAUAGGGCUGUAUCUCCUAAACCGUGCGUCGUAGCGUAAAAAUAAUCAAUUUUUCGUUUCCCUUUCGGUAUCAACAAAAAACGCAAAAAAGAAAAAAAAAGAAAAA